AUGCCUCACCAGUGCUCCUCUUGCUCCUGUGCCUGCCUCCCUCCUGAAGGCCAGACGGACCCAGCUCGAGGACCGGCUCCCAGACCCUGGAACGACUGGGAAGCCUGGGAGCAGACAGUGCCGCUGCUUGUCUACACGGUCCCCUGGGGCCCAAAUGCUGCUGUCGUGCCACCAAAGCAGAGGACCGUCGAGGACAAGGCCUGGACCGUAGGCCUGAGCCAGGAGCUGAGCCAGCGGCUGGGCAGCUCUGCUGCCGGCUCCUGGGAGAAGCUUUUCCUGUACAAGGCUCUUGGGACCGUGCUGGCAGCUUGUCAGGACCUCAGACACGUCCAAGGGCAGGUGCUGAGGUUCCUCCAGGAGACCAACCCUGUGGAGCUGUCUGAGGCCAAGGGAAUGAUUUCUGUUGUGUCCCACGCUGCCGAGAGCCACUUCUGCCUGCUCUUGGGCACGCUGACUAUGUUCUCUGCCGCUUUCACCAGAGGCUGGGCCUACCAGGCUUCCACGGGCUGGAAGGUAGAGCGGCGGCAGAGGAUGGGGAGAACGCAGACCAUUCGUGCUGCUCUCAUGCGCACCUACAGCGGCAUGGCGCUGCACGCCCCCAAGGAGCAGCUGCUCGCCUGUGUGGAUAAAGAAAUCAUGGGCAACAUCCUGAGGCUCUCCAGAGAUAAACAGAGGGACUUGCAGCUCAAGCUCGCCCUGGUGCAGAGCAUCACCGAGGUCAGUUGUGCCAUCCAGGCUGUGGGCGACUGCGGCAGCUUUGAGCUCUCCUUAAAGCAGGAGGCGACGUGGACCCUGCUGGACUGGAUAAAGAGGGAGCCCUGGGACUCCCUGGUGUAUGGAGUGUUUCAGGCCCUGGAGGAGUUGAGCAAGCUGAGGCCGCCUCUGAGCAGGAAGGAAAAUCGCAACCUGCUGGCAGUGUGCUGCCAGAGUGUUUUGUCCCAUCCUUCCAAGGAGCGGAUGAAAAAGGGAAGGAAGAGCGUGAGGGCGGCCGUGAACAUGGAGCUUCUGCACAGGAGAGGCAUGGAAGAUCUGGGCCACCUGAUAGAAACCCUUCUGGAGGCUGAGGCGACCUCUGCCUGCUUUGACGACAUGGUCCACGAGCGCCCGGCCACUGCAGCCUCAGGACAGGCAGCGAAGUGGGCCCUGGUGGAGGGAAAGCCAAGAGCCAGCCCUGAGCUGGGCGAGAGCAGCCCUGGGGGGAAGGCCAGAGCGGGGAGACGCCAGCAGGGAAGCAAGACCUGA